GGCUAGCAGAGUCUGUCAGUGACUGUUAUUGCAAACAAGAACGGAUUCUCUUAUGGAGUUUUUACUCAUUCAAACUGGUAUCAUUGAUUCGCUGGAAUCAUCAGGCAAGCAUAACUGCUUGCACAGAUCUUAAGGGAACCAUAUAUUGAACAGUUGUUUGUGACUUGUACGAUAGAUAUUUUAAUAAGUCUUAAUGGGUUACAAGAGAGCAAUCAACGGAUCGAUAUAUGUGGACUGUUGCGCAUUUGUCUACUUAUCGGAGAGUUGAGGUAAUAUCGAUACGGAUAGUUUAGAAAACCAAAGAGUCUGCGGAAUUCGAAAGGGAUGCGAGAUUGUUGGUGAUAUUAUAGAAUAGUGUGCAUAAGUUAGUUUUACAAUAUGACGGAUACACGUAGAAGAGUAAAGCUAUACGCGCUCAAUGCGGAUAGACAGUGGGAUGAUCGUGGCACAGGUCAUGUAUCCUCUUCAUACGUAGAUAGAUUGAAAGGAAUUUCACUUUUGGUCAGAGCUGAGAGCGACGGUUCUGUUUUGUUGGAAAGUAGAAUACAACCUGAUACUGCAUAUCAAAAACAGCAGGAUACAUUAAUAGUUUGGUCGGAAGGAGAUAAUUUUGAUUUAGCCCUAAGUUUCCAAGAAAAGGCUGGCUGUGAUGAGAUUUGGGAGAAAAUCUGUCAAGUCCAGGGCAAAGAUCCUUCAGUUGAAAUUACCCAGGAUAUUGUAGAAGAAUCUGAAGAUGAACGGUUUGAUGAUAUGUCAGAUACCGCGCCUCCUAUAGAAUUGCCUCCUUGUGAAUUGAGUCGAUUGGAAGAUAUUAAUGAAUUAAUAGGAAAUUGUUUAUCCUCUCAAAUGAGAAAAGAUAAGUUGGCAUUAGCAUUAGAAUCGGAGGGCUAUAUCAAGAAGCUAUUGAAUCUAUUUCAUACUUGCGAAGACUUGGAAAACAUUGAAGGAUUGCAUCAUCUCUAUGACAUAUUUAAGAAUAUUUUCUUACUUAAUAAGAACACAUUAUUUGAAGUUAUGUUUAGCGAUGAUACGAUUUUUGAUGUUGUUGGAUGCUUGGAGUAUGAGCCGACAUUACCUCAGCCAAAGAGGCAUAGAGAAUACCUGCGACAGUUAGCCAGAUUUAAGCAAGCGAUUCCUAUCACAAAUGCUGAACUGCUAGCUAAAAUUCAUCAGACGUAUCGAGUUCAAUACAUUCAGGAUGUAGUUUUACCAACACCAAGCGUAUUUGAGGAUAAUACGUUAAACACACUGAGCAGCUUUAUAUUUUUUAAUAAGGUUGAAAUAGUGACUCUCAUACAGGAUGAUGAGAAGUUUCUUACUGAAUUAUUUCGUCAGUUGACAGACGAAGCAACAUCGGAUAGUAAAAGACGUGAUCUAGUUCUUUUCUUAAAAGAGUUUUGUAACUUUUCUCAGAAUCUGCAACCGCAAGGAAAGGAGGCCUUUUAUAAAACUUUAACAGCUCUUGGUAUUUUACCAGCACUAGAAAUCACAUUGGCGAUGAACGAUGCCCAAACGAAAACGGCCAGUAUAGAUAUAUUGACUUACAUAGUGGAGUAUUCUCCAAGCGUUGUUCGAGAUUAUACACUGCAACAAAUAAAUAAUACAGAACAGGACCAAAUGUUAAUAAAUGUAAUAGUUGCUCAACUCGUUGGCGACAGCGAUCCAGAGUUGGGUGGAGCAGUACAAUUAGCUGGUGUAUUACGUCUGCUCCUUGAUCCAGAGAACAUGUUGGCUUCCGUUAAUAAAUCAGAAAAGACUGAUUUCUUGAAUUAUUUCUACAAAAAUAGUAUUGGAACAUUAAUAGCACCACUACUGGCAAAUACGAUUGGAGAUCGACCAGCGAGAGAAGAUUAUAGAACAGUACAGCUUUUAGGAUUGAUCUUAGAAUUACUAUCAUUCUGCGUAGAGCAUCAUACGUACCACAUCAAAAAUUGUAUACUGAAUAAGGAUCUGCUCAAACGGAUACUGGUUUUAAUGAAAUCAACGCAUACAUUUUUAGUGCUGUGCGCAUUAAGGUUUAUGAGGAAAAUCGUAGCUUUGAAGGAUGAAUUUUAUAAUAGAUAUAUUAUCAAGGGAAAUUUAUUUGCACCUGUAUUCGAUGCAUUUGUAAGGAAUAAUGGUAGAUAUAAUCUAUUAGAUUCAGCUAUUCUUGAAAUGUUUGAGUUCAUUAAAUUGGAGGACAUUAAAUCUUUAUGUUCACACGUUGUCGAGAAUUUCUCCAAAGAACUGGAAGCAAUUGAUUAUGUACAAACGUUUAAAGCUCUGAAAUUAAGGUACGAACAGCAUCAAGACAAAUUAAAGGAUCGAGACAGAGCAGCUCUUGACAGUGUUCCAUCCAUAUUGAGAAAUAGUCGAUACAGAAGGGACCAGAGACAGUUAGAUGAAGAGGAGGAAAUGUGGUUUAACGAAGAGGAAGACUUUGAUGAGGGUGAGGCGGUCGUACCCGCAGCAGCAGCAGAUCUUGUGCCUCCGGCUUCUGCUAAGAAACAGUCGUCAACUUCAAAUUCUGCACUUAAUCCUGCUCUUGCAGAUUCUAAAAGCCAUCACCAGCAGCAGCAGCAACAGCAGUCCGUAUUGAACAAUAACACUGCUAACAAUAACAUUACCUCGCAGCAAUCGCAAAUCAACAACAGUACAACAGCAACGAACGAAUCUCCGAUUACCUCGGAAGUAAAUCCCAAUUCGGCUACCGGCACAGUGGAGAAAACUGGUACUGCAUUAUUUAAAAAGGGUUUGGUCGAUUACGAAGGAGAUUCAGACGAAGAAGACGAGGACACUGAGGUUACACCUUCCCCAAAGCGGCAAAGAUUGUCAUAGUAGGCAAACAGGAAACGAUCAAGAAACUUGUGAUUUCUGAAUCGCUACUACCAUUUCUGGCCCUCUUACGUGCACAAAGGACUCGAUCAAGAGAUCGUACAAUCAACCAACAUUUUUUAACAGAAAGAAGAGCAGUUCUUCUUAAGUGAGUGAACACUUAGGAGUCACGUGUUUUAAAAUGAAGUGGUGGAACAAAAUUGAUAUACCUCUUUGUGUUGGGUUGUGUAUAUUAUACAUGAAAGCAAUUGGUAUUGAACACGCAGGUGGGUGAAAGGGUCUAAGAAAUGAGAGGCGUAUAGAAUUGAGAAACGAAAACAAAAAAGAGGAACGAACGACGAGCCAAUACGCGAUACAAAGAAAGAUAGAACUUUCUUUACACAAGCACAUACGAUGGUAAAA